GUCAGGGGUAACACAGGGUAUAAAUCUGAGACUAUCAAAAAGUCAGUGUACCUCUAAAAAUGGCUACUAACGAAGCGUUCACUGAAAACGACCUGAAAACUGACAAAAUGGCGGUAAAGAAAGAGGAUAAAGUAUAUAGCUAUGAAGAAGCUAUUACUUUGGCAGGCAAUGGCCGCUACACAUAUGGACUGCUGGCGGUAGUCAGCCUUUCAAUCUUGGCGAUGGGCACCGACAUGAUCGGCUUCUCCGUGGUGGUGGUUGGCAGCCAGUGCGAUCUCCAGCUCACACCUGGCCAGAGGAACGUACUGAUGUCCAUGCCUUUCCUUGGCCCAGUAGUCAUGUCAUACCCGUGGGGCUUCUUCAGUGACACGCGGGGCCGACGAAAAUGUCUCCUUCUCGCUAUGAGUUGUGGUUUUUUGGCCUCAGUCGCCAGCGCACUGUCACCAAACUGGAUUGUGCUCGCUAUACUCCGGUUCCUGAGCACCAGUUGCUGCAGUUGCGCGCAGUCAGCAACGUACGCGCUGUUGGGCGAGUCGAGCUCGCAGCGCGUGCGCGGCACCUACAUGCUCAUCAUGACCAGUGUGCUUAUGCUCACACCCACUUUCUACUUCGUGGCGGGCUAUUUUGUCCUGAACCUGGAGUUUUCUUUGGACCUGGGCUUUAUCAGCUUCAUGCCCUGGCGUCUGCUGGUUCUGGUGAUGGCCCUGCCCAUGGGGAUGAGCUGGCUGGUACUGCUCAACUUCUACGAGAGCCCCAAGUUCCUCGCCAAUGCUGGCAGAGAAGAUCAGGCGGUGGAGUUGCUUGCAAAAAUAUGGAAGCGGAACGGUGGAAAGGGGAAAUAUCCCGUUAAAAAGAUAAUCCUUAACGAGGACUCCACGGCGCCUGCGCAGAAGCUUCCAUUGCUUCAAUCGUUGUGGGCGCAGACUGCCCCCCUCUUCCGACCCCCGCUGCUCUGGCGGACCCUGCAGCUCUACUACAUCACCGCCAUGCUCUAUGCCGUGAACAACAGCUUGCUGAUGUGGUACCCAUUCUUGCUGAACGUAUUUCUGACAGAUGAUGGCUCUGCAGACCAAGGCGGCCUCUGCAACAUGAUCCUUCGCUCGCAAGACGCAUCUCAUAUCCAACAAGCUUCCGUCUGCUUCUCGAAGCUCGACUACUUCACAACCUUGUUCAGCAUCACCCACUCUUUGUCGUUCACGCUGAUAAACGUCUUCAUGUCCCGCUUCGCUGGCCGCAUGAAGCUCAUGCUGGUGACCAUCCUGACCGUGGCCGCCGCGUCCGGUGUGGUCAUCAUACUGACCACGAACAAUACCAUUAGUUUCCUAUUCUUCCUUGGGAUUAUGACGCCGGGGCUUGGGAUUGGAGUCAUUUUCUCUUAUUUCAUUGAGCUGUAUCCCACAUCGUACCGUGGAAUGGCAGCAUGUCUGGCCGUGAUCAUGGCGCGAGGAAGCGCGCUGACGGCCAUCAAUAUCCUCGGCUCCAACAUCACGACGAGCUGCCACCAAUGCUUCUACGCAUACACAGCCUACAUCUUUAGUGGUCUAGUCGUUUCGUUCUUCCUGCCUUCCGACGCAAAGAAGAAGACUUAGGUCACUUAGGACCGGUUCCGUCAAACCGUUUGUCACCGCUAAAACUUUCGCACAAUUUUUAUGGAAAGUUUCAUAGUUCUUAGCUGGGUGACGUCGAUCAGUCUGUGAUUUGUGGUGA